CACUUUUGUCUAAACGUCAACGAAGAAGAGGCAACGGAAACGCUUCUGGACGUCACUAAAAAUACAGAAGUCCCGCAGGACUUAACUUCUCUCUCAUGGUCUUGAUAUGUCACCUAAAAAACGGCAGAAUGAUCCUGGAACGCCUAAAAAGAGUAAGAAGGAGAAACGAGUCGAGCUGGCCGUGAUCAACACGGAUCUGAGGGAUGAAGCUAUUCAGAAAGGCAUGAGAGACGCGUGGCAGAGGAAAGACAGCUUUUCUAAUGGCAAUGUGCGGUUGGACUGUGCACCCUUCCCUCAUUGUCAGAUUACCAAUUUCCUACAGAGUGAAAGCUUUGUGGAAAGUCUACAGACAGAAUUAUUGCAGCUCCAUUUCAACAGCAAGUCCAAUGACUUGUACAAGUUUCAACAGUCAGAUGAUCUGAGAGAAAGAAGAGAGCAUCAUAUCUCACAGAUAAGGUCAGUCAUUUUUGGGGAGUUUCGUUUGUGGUUGUCAGAGGUGUUGCAGGUGGAUUUGGAGACAACUGUUGAUAUAUCCUGUGCCAAGUAUGAGCAUACAGAUGUUUUGCUGUGUCAUGAUGAUGAGCUGGAGGGCCGAAGAGUUGCGUUCAUCCUCUACCUGGUGCCUCCUUGGGAGGUGAAAGAUGGAGGAACACUGGACCUGUUCAGCACUGAUGAACACUGUCAGCCUGUGAGUGCUGUGAAAUCUCUGCUUCCUCGCUGGAACUCUCUGGUGUUUUUUGAAGUGUCCCCUGUCUCCUUCCAUCAGGUGGCAGAAGUUCUUGCUGAAGGGAAGUGCCGUUUAUCUCUCAGUGGUUGGUUUCAUGGCCAAUCCCUGCCGAGACCCCAGCGGUACAUGGAACCCCCAGUCCCUCGUCACACACAUGUCCUUAGAGAUGAGAGUUUAAUCUUUGAGUGGGUGAAUGAGAUGUACCUGGAUCCUUGCUAUCAAGCUCAGGUGCAGCAAGAAUUUGAAGAUAGUUCAGAGAUUUGCUUGCCUAAUUUCCUACAGGAGGAAAAAAUAAGGCAGGUGCGCAGUGCACUGCAGUCAUCUGAGAUCCAGUGGCAAAGGAGGUGUCCGCCCAAUAAGAGGUGUUAUGGCUGUGCAGAUAUGCAGACUGUCCCUUCAUGUGUAAAAGAAUGCUGGGAACUUCUCUCGUCUGAGCCGUUCUUCAUCCUCUUGUCCAACUUGACUGGCCUUGGACUGCACUUUCUGGCUCAGUGUGAUGAUGAGAGCGAACAUGGAAAGAGUGAGACAGAGAAUGGAGAUGGGGAAGUGAACGAUGAGACGGAGAAUGGAUAUGGGAAUGCACAUGCAGGAGGAUCCAGCAGUACCACAGAAACAUCUUCAGCUGACAAGAAAGCCAAAGGACCUCCUACUUGUGUGGGAGAACUGCGCCGCUGGGCUCAGGGCGAUUAUACGUUAUUACAUGACUCAGUCAAAAGAGAGUAUGCUCUGGAUCUUCAGCUUCACGUAGGCUGUGCAGGUUGGAAGGCAGAGUUUGGAGGAUUUACAUCCUAUAUUGCACAUGAUGAAGAUGAGGAGCUCCUGACAGUGUAUCCAGAAGAUAACUGCCUUGCUCUGGUGUACAGAGACAAAGACACCCUCAAAUUCAUCAAACAUAUCAAUAACAGCAGCUCUGCAAAUCUUUCUGCCCAAAAUACCACCGCUUUUUAUGACUUCUCUUUUAAUUACUAUGAAUGAUGAGGUAAUCUAUUGGUUCCUUGUGUAAAUGUUUGUUCAAGUACAUUGGUCGUAAUUUAAGCGUCAGAGCUCAGUAUACAUGAGGUGGUUAUUUAAAAGGCAACUUAAUUUUUGGACUGAAGACCCGAAUACAAUAUAAAAAUGUGAGCAUUUGUGCUGUCAAUAAAGGUAUUACAAAAAUUA